AUGUCUGGAGAGACUUUCGAGUUCCAGGCUGAGAUUUCUCAGCUGCUUUCUCUCAUUAUCAACACUGUCUACUCGAACAAGGAGAUCUUCCUCCGCGAGCUUGUGUCCAAUGCCUCUGAUGCUCUGGAUAAGAUUCGGUACGAGUCGUUGUCCGACCCCAGCAAGCUUGACUCAGGCAAGGAUCUCCGGAUCGACAUUAUCCCUGAUCAGGAUGCCAAGACCCUCACUAUCCGUGAUACCGGUAUCGGUAUGACUAAGGCGGAUCUCGUCAACAACCUGGGUACUAUUGCUCGGUCUGGUACCAAGCAGUUUAUGGAGGCCCUCACAGCUGGUGCCGAUAUCUCCAUGAUUGGCCAGUUCGGUGUCGGUUUCUACUCUGCAUACCUGGUGGCCGACCAGGUCAAGGUCAUCUCCAAGAACAACGAUGACGAGCAGUACGUCUGGGAGUCCAGCGCCGGUGGCACUUUCACCAUCGCCACCGACACUGAGGGCGAGCCCCUCGGUCGGGGUACCAAGAUCAUCCUCCACCUGAAGGAUGAGCAGAUGGAGUACCUCAACGAGUCCAAGAUCAAGGAGGUCAUCAAGAAGCACUCCGAGUUCAUCUCCUACCCGAUCUACCUUCACGUCAAGAAGGAGACCGAGAAGGAGAUUCCCGAUGAGGAUGCUGUCGAGGAGGAGACCACCGAGGAGUCGGACGACAAAAAGCCCAAGAUCGAGGAGGUCAGCGAUGAUGAGGAUGGCAAGGAGAAGGAGAAGAAGCCCAAGACCAAGAAGGUCAAGGAGACCACAAUCGAGGAGGAGGAGCUCAACAAGCAGAAGCCCAUCUGGACGCGCAACCCCCAAGACAUCACCCAGGAGGAGUACGCUGCCUUCUACAAGUCGCUCACCAACGAUUGGGAGGAUCACCUGGCUGUCAAGCACUUCUCUGUUGAGGGUCAGCUCGAGUUCCGCGCCGUUCUGUUCGUUCCCAAACGUGCUCCCUUUGACCUGUUCGAGACCAAGAAGACCAAGAACAACAUCAAGCUGUACGUGCGCCGUGUCUUCAUCACCGACGACGCCACCGACCUGGUGCCGGAGUGGCUUAGCUUCGUCAAGGGUGUUGUUGACUCUGAGGAUCUCCCUCUGAACCUGUCGCGUGAGAUUCUCCAGCAGAACAAGAUCAUGAAGGUCAUCAAGAAGAACAUUGUCAAGAAGUCGAUUGAACUCUUCAACGAGAUCGCCGAGGACAAGGAGCAGUUCGACAAGUUCUACGCUGCCUUCUCCAAGAACCUCAAGCUGGGCAUCCACGAGGACUCCCAGAACCGCCCGGCUCUGGCCAAACUCCUGCGUUUCAACUCGACCAAGUCUGGCGAUGAGCUGACGUCUCUGUCUGACUACAUCACGCGCAUGCCUGAGCACCAGAAGAACAUCUACUACAUUACUGGCGAGUCGAUCAAGGCUGUCACGCGUUCUCCCUUCCUGGACUCCCUCAAGGAGAAGGGCUUCGAGGUGCUGUUCCUCGUCGACCCCAUUGACGAGUACGCCAUGACUCAGCUCAAGGAGUUUGAGAGCAAGAAGUUGGUUGACAUCACCAAGGACUUCGACCUCGAGGAGACCGAGGAGGAGAAGACGUCCCGCGAGGCCGAGGAGAAGGAGUACGAGGGCCUUGCCAAGGCGCUCAAGAACAUUCUCGGCGACAAGGUCGAGAAGGUUGUCGUCUCCCACAAGCUGGUUGGCGCACCCUGUGCCAUCCGCACCGGCCAGUUCGGCUGGUCUGCCAACAUGGAGCGUAUCAUGAAGGCUCAGGCUCUCCGUGACACGUCCAUGUCGAGCUACAUGUCGUCCAAGAAGACGUUUGAGAUCUCGCCCAAGAACUCCAUCAUCAAGGAGCUCAAGAAGAAGGUUGAGACUGACGGCGAGGACGACAAGACGGUCAAGUCCAUCGUGCAGCUGCUCUUUGAGACCUCGCUGCUGGUUUCGGGCUUCACCAUUGACGAGCCUGCCAGCUUCUCCGAGCGCAUCCACAAGCUGGUGUCCCUCGGCCUGAACAUCGACGAGGAGCCGGAAACCGAGGCCGCUCCGACCGACGCUGGCGCGUCUGCUGCCGAGACUGGCGACAGCGCUAUGGAGGAGGUGGACUAA